AUCUGAAAAUUCAUCUGUCUUCAGAAACGUUUGAAAAAUGAGAGAACAGGUUCUUGCUCUCCAUUAACUCAUGCGUGACUGCAAUUGCUAAUCCACAGGAGUGAACUAUUUUAGUACAGCUGGUCUGUGCAAACUUUGUAUAAGAAGGCUCUGAAGGAAGAAAGCCCCAUCUCCAACUCUAGAAUUCCCGUGUUUCAGGUUCAUGGAGGGAAGUCCAUCCCUGAGGCGCAUGACGGCGAUGCGGGAGAAGGGCCGGCGCCAGGCGGUCCGCGGUCCAGCCUUCAUGUUCAACGACCGGGGCACCAGCCUCACGGCCGAGGAGGAGCGCUUCCUCGACGCCGCCGAGUACGGCAACAUCCCCGUGGUGCGCAAGAUGCUGGAGGAGUCCAAGACGCUGAACGUCAACUGCGUGGACUACAUGGGCCAGAACGCGCUGCAGCUGGCCGUGGGCAACGAGCACCUGGAAGUGACCGAGCUGCUGCUCAAGAAGGAGAACCUGGCGCGCAUCGGCGACGCCCUGCUGCUGGCCAUCAGCAAGGGCUACGUGCGCAUCGUGGAGGCCAUCCUCAACCACCCCGGCUUCGCGGCCAGCAAGCGCCUCACCCUCAGUCCCUGCGAGCAGGAGCUGCAGGACGACGACUUCUAUGCCUACGACGAGGACGGCACGCGCUUCUCGCCCGACAUCACGCCCAUCAUCCUGGCGGCGCACUGCCAGAAGUACGAGGUGGUGCACAUGCUGCUGAUGAAGGGCGCCAGGAUCGAGCGGCCGCACGACUACUUCUGCAAGUGCGGGGACUGCACGGAGAAGCAGCGGCACGACUCCUUCAGCCACUCGCGCUCGAGGAUCAACGCCUACAAGGGGCUGGCCAGCCCGGCGUACCUGUCCCUGUCCAGCGAGGACCCGGUGCUCACGGCCCUGGAGCUCAGCAACGAGCUGGCCAAACUGGCCAACAUCGAGAAGGAGUUCAAGAAUGACUACAGGAAGCUGUCCAUGCAAUGCAAAGACUUUGUAGUGGGUGUGCUGGAUCUUUGCCGAGACUCAGAAGAGGUAGAAGCCAUUCUGAAUGGAGAUCUGGGAUCCACGGAGCCUCUGGAAGUGCACAGGCAUAAACCUUCGUUGAGUCGUGUCAAACUUGCCAUUAAGUAUGAAGUAAAAAAGUGUGCAGGAAAAGCCCGGAAUGUGAGCAAUGCAGUGAGAGCUACGGGUGCGCUGCAGAGCCUGUGGAGUGCGUACCUGGGCCAGUGCGGUCCUGGGCCCUGCAGCCUCCUGUCCUCUGGUGCACUCAGGGAGUUUGAAAAUCUGGAAAGCAUGUUCAAUUUUGUAGCUCACCCCAACUGCCAGCAGCAGCUUUUGACGAUUUGGUAUGAAAACCUCUCAGGCCUUCGGGAACAGACCAUUGCUAUCAAGUGUCUGGUUGUGCUGGUUGUGGCCUUGGGCCUUCCAUUUCUUGCCAUUGGCUAUUGGAUUGCACCUUGCAGCAGGCUAGGGAAAGUCCUGCGAAGCCCUUUCAUGAAGUUUGUGGCUCAUGCUGCUUCAUUCAUCAUCUUCCUGGGCCUGCUGGUGUUCAAUGCCUCCGAUAGGUUUGAAGGCAUCGCCACACUGCCCAACAUCACCGUCACUGACUACCCCAAACAGAUCUUCAGAGUAAAGACCACCCAGUUCACAUGGACUGAAAUGCUCAUUAUGGUCUGGGUUCUCGGAAUGAUGUGGUCUGAGUGUAAGGAGCUCUGGCUGGAAGGACCUAGAGAAUAUAUUUUGCAACUGUGGAAUGUGCUUGACUUUGGGAUGCUUUCCAUCUUCAUUGCUGCUUUCACAGCCAGAUUCCUGGCUUUCCUGCAGGCAACUAAAGCCCAACAGUAUGUGGACAGUUAUGUCCAAGAGAGCGACCUCAAUGAAGUCACACUCCCACCAGAGAUACAGUAUUUCACUUAUGCUAGAGAUAAAUGGCUCCCUUCUGACCCUCAGAUCAUAUCUGAAGGCCUUUACGCCAUAGCUGUUGUGCUCAGCUUCUCUCGGAUUGCAUACAUCCUCCCUGCAAAUGAGAGCUUCGGCCCCUUACAGAUCUCUCUUGGAAGGACUGUAAAGGACAUAUUCAAGUUCAUGGUCCUAUUUAUCAUGGUGUUUUUGGCAUUUAUGAUUGGCAUGUUCAUACUUUAUUCUUACUACCUUGGGGCCAAAGUAAAUGCUGCUUUUACCACUGUAGAAGAAAGUUUCAAGACUUUGUUUUGGUCAAUAUUUGGGUUGUCUGAAGUGACUUCGGUAGUGCUCAAGUACGACCACAAAUUCAUAGAGAAUAUUGGAUAUGUUCUUUAUGGAAUAUACAACGUAACUAUGGUGGUUGUUUUACUCAACAUGCUAAUUGCUAUGAUUAAUAGCUCAUAUCAAGAAAUUGAGGAUGACAGUGAUGUAGAAUGGAAGUUUGCACGUUCAAAACUCUGGUUGUCCUAUUUUGAUGAUGGAAAAACAUUACCUCCACCCUUCAGUCUGGUUCCCAGUCCAAAAUCCUUUGUUUAUUUCAUCAUGCGGAUCAUUAACUUUUCUAAAUGCAGAAGGAGAAGACUGCAGAAAGACCUGGAGAUGGGAAUGGGUAACUCAAAGUCUAGGUUAAACCUCUUCACUCAGUCUAACUCAAGAGUUUUUGAAUCACACAGUUUUAACAGCAUUCUCAAUCAGCCAACACGUUAUCAGCAGAUAAUGAAAAGACUUAUAAAGCGAUAUGUUUUGAAAGCACAAGUAGACAAAGAAAAUGAUGAAGUUAAUGAAGGUGAAUUAAAAGAAAUCAAGCAGGAUAUCUCCAGCCUUCGUUAUGAGCUUUUGGAAGACAAGAGCCAAGCAACCGAGGAAUUAGCCAUUCUAAUUCAUAAACUAAGUGAGAAAUUGAAUCCCAGCCUGUUGAGAUGUGAAUGACAUAGACUCCUGGAAUUCUGACUUCAAACAUAGCACAAGUGUGGGCAAUAAUAUUUCUAAGUAUGAAAUACUUGAAAAACUAUGGUGUACAUUUUUAGCAUUAAGUACUUUUAUCAUGUGAAUCUUUACUAGUUAGGUCUCAAUGAUUUUACUGUUUUACCACAUGAAACUGCAUUUUAAUUGUCUGCCUUGAUAUUAUAAACAAUGACAUUACCUUUGUAUUUAAAGGCCCAAUAUUACUACAUUAUCAAUAUUUUUCUCCCCUUUAGAGUAUACUCUAUGUCUUUGCACUACUUGUUUGCCUCCAAGAGACUGUCAAGUCCUUGGGGACAGGGACCAUGUCCUAUCCAUCUUUGUGUCUCCCAGCAUCUAGUACAGUGCCUGAUACAUAGUAGGUGCUCAAUAAAUGUUUUAGCCAACUGAAUUGACUGCCAUAAAAUACAAAUAAAAAUAAAAGAUCAUCACUAUGUAGCAUAUCUUCCCUUGUCCAAGUGCUGAAGAGAUUUUUUUUUAAUAGAAACUGAAGAAAUUUUACAACCAUUAUGACUUGGUAAGAAUUUCUUAGAGCCUUAGGCAUUACUGAUAUUCCUAGAACCAUGGAGCCCUGAGUAAAGGAUUUAACAAUGAAAUGGCUUAAUAGAAAAUAUAAUUACAUUAUAUAUUUAAGUUUCUAAAAUUGUUCAA